AUGGUUUCCAGUUCAAUAAUUUACACGGCUCUCUUCACGAUGGGUUUUCUCAUUUGGAUUAAUUCAAUAAAUGCUACAACGGUACACAAUCAAGAUGAUAGUAACGAUUCUACAUCAGCGAAAGUAUUGGAUAAUGACCAAGAUGAUAGCAGUUCAUCAUUUGAAAAACGAGGCUUAGAACACGAUAAUCACUUUCGUGACGAAUAUCACGGUAUGAUGUUGGGAAAACGUCCAUAUGCAUCAAAGGGUGUUCGUCUUCCUGCCGAAUCUAUUCUGCUCGGAAAGCGCCGCCUUCCAGCUGAAUCUAUUUUGCUCGGAAAACGCCGUCUUCCAGCUGAAUCUAUUCUGCUUGGUAAACGUCGCCUUCCGGCCGAACCUGUUCUUCUCGGUAAACGUCGACUUCCUGCUGAAUCUAUUCUUCUUGGCAAACGUCGCUUACCAGCUGAAGCUGUACUUUUAGGUCGACGAAGCUUACCAAGCGAAGAUACCCCUCAAAACGAACAACGAUAA